UGGCAUUGAAAGCGAAUGCACGUGCGUUAAAGGAUAUGUGCGCUGUAUCGAGUCGAAAGGCAUGCAAAGGAUUGCGGCAUAUAAUGAGAUAUACUGGCGCGAAAAGUACGACAUAAGUGAUUUGUUGUACUAAAACGACCAAGCUUCAGGAUGCUAUUGAAUGAAGAACUCUGUGGACGUAUGUACGGGUGGUAAUAUUAAAGGAAACAAAAAAUGAAAUUCACAUUAGAGGCUCGAAUUUUUUUACUCAGCGUUAGUUUAUUGGAUGGUCUAGCCGGCCUGCGUCUGGUAAARGUCUCAAUACCAGCUUUCAAAUUUCGCGGCGAGUCUGCAAUGCUCGAAUGCCAAUAUGAGUUGAAUCGCACAGGCGGCCCGCCAUAUUAUGGCGGCGUCGGCAGCAACAUCGGAAGUGAAGUUUUAGUCAGUGACGCUGGCAACCGACAUCGCAGUUACACACGCACGCGCACACGCACGAACACACGGAACCGUUAUGGCGGCAAUAUGCAUUUCUUCGAUGCACAUCACUUUGUGGCCAUGAGGCCGAAAUUUACUCGACACAAACGUCAAUUCUCCUACCAUACGGAGCGACUGCAAAUGCACCAACAGCAGCAAGAGCACCAGCAGCAACAACAAUACCAGCAACAGCAUCAAACCUAUCCAUAUCAGCCAUCGCAAAGUUACAGCAGCAGCAACAGCGACAUAAAUGGCGCUGGCAGUUAUUAUCAGCAGCAACAACAAAAGGAAGAGGACGAGCAACAGCACUACCCAUAUCAAACGCAGCGCUCUCCCUACGGGCAUAGCGUUUAUCGCGGCGCGGCCUUCAGCCAAGCAUUGGGCAUACCCGGCUUCAGUAAUAGCGGCGUCAGCAGCAGUAGCAGCAGCAGUGGCGCGCAUGUUGGCGCCAGUACCUUCACUAGUGGUUCGCGCGGUGCGAURGCGGAGGGCACGUCGCAUCGCUACAAAUUCGGGGACGGCGUCGAUGAUGACGAGGAGGCGGAGGAGGAGGAAGACGUCYUAGCGGAGGACGAUGAGGAUGAGGACGGCGAGGCGUUGUAUGCCAUAAAAUGGUACAAGGACAACGAGGAGUUCUAUCGCUUUGUGCCGAAAGCGCGCCCGCAGAAGACGAGUUAUCGCUUUGACGGCAUACGUGUCAGUGAGGAGCACUCAGACAGUUGGCGCGUAUUUCUGCGCGGCUUGACGCUCAACUCAUCSGGCUUGUACCGUUGCGAGAUCUCAGCUGAGGCGCCCAACUUUUCUUCGGUGCAGGGCGAGGGCCGCAUGGACAUCGUAUUUUUGCCACGCGAUGGUCCACAUAUCCGAGGCCAACAAAAUCAAUAUCAAAUAGGCGACACUUUAGCGUUGAACUGCACAUCGGGCAAGUCACAUCCAGCAUCGCGACUGCAGUGGUUAAUCAAUGAUCAACCGGUGGUCGACGACAGCUAUCUGGUAGCCUACAAUGACACCGUGCACAAACAUGGCCUCAUAACGUCAAUGCUCGGCCUUGAGUUGACAGUUGAUGGACGUCACUUYCAGGAUGGCGAGAUGCGCGUGAAAUGCCUGGCCAGCAUAUCGCCGGUGCUGUGGAGCGGCGACAAGGAGAGCGUGUUACAGCGACGACGCGGCAUUAUUGACAACCGAGAGGCAAUGCUCCUAGUACGUGGUUCUGCCACCCAGCUACAUCCUUUGGGUAAUUUCCUCUCCAGUCUGCGCCUGCUGACCGCCGCCACAAUACUAACAAUAAUAUGUCAAUUAGUACUGAGCACCGACCGAGCAUAAACGCAACAAAUUAGCCACACACACUAAGGCAUACCUGCAUCAGACGRCACACGCCCAAGCGUGCGCAAUAACGGAAGUCAAUAAAUCACAAAAUAGCAUAAGUACAGUUAACCAAAGGCAAACUAAACAUAAAAUAGUGCAAAGCAAAUAAAAGUGUGAAAGAAGAAGAAGAGAAACUGCAAGACUUGUUGUUGCAUGCAUGCCAGCGAGUGUGUUAAAGAGUAUGCGCUGACUUUGUGGUCGGCGUGGCGUAUACGCUACACUGCAUUGAACUAUAGGGGCUAACUUGCAUACGGUUAAGUUACAGUUAAGGUUUGUGAAAUACUUUGUGCUAGCAAUAAAUUGAUUUGUUCAGUAGAAAUUGCAUAAAAUUAAGCGAAAUACACGCAGAGAAGUUUGGUUGUUAAAAAUACUGUAAAUACGAGUAUAUCUAUCUCACAUAAUGCUAUACAUAUAGUAUUUAACUCAAUACAAGUAUAAAUGUAAGCAAGCGGCAGCGCAAAGUUGUUAUGUAUAUUAGAUCCAAAAGUAACUUUCCAAGCAAACAAAAAAAAAAAAAAA